ACAAAAUAAGAGAGAAGCUAAGACACACUCUAUACCUUCCCUCAACUUUCCUUCUACUAAUUGCUAGGUGUGUAAUAGUUGUGGGAAAAUGUGGAAAACGAGAAUGGCACAAGUGAUGAUUUUUAUCUCUAUGGUUUUCCUUCACCUUGUUGUGUCACCCAUUUCUGCCUCACCCCUUGCACCCGCAAUGUAUGUGUUUGGAGACUCCUUGAUGGAUAAUGGGAAUAACAAUUAUCUACCCACUAUUGCCAAAGCCAAUUUCUUGCCUUAUGGUAAUGAUUUCCCCCAAGGUGCCACCGGAAGGUUCACCAAUGGAAAACAUGUUGCUGAUUUUGUAGCUGCUUAUCUUGGAUUGCCAUAUCCUCCCCCUUACUUGAGUUUGAAAGGUCAAAAGUCGUUAACUGGAGUCAGUUACGCAUCUGGUUCAUGUGGAAUUCUACCAGAGUCUGGAGCCAUGCUUGGAAAAUGUCUAGAUUUGAAGGAACAGGUUAACUUAUUUCAGACGACAAUUAAGACAGAUUUGGCCACAGAGAUCAAAAACCCAAAUCAAUUAUCAGAUCAUUUAUCAAAAUCUAUAUACAUAUUCUCUAUUGGGAGCAAUGAUUACAUAAACAACUACCUUGACACAGAGAAUAGUAAUUCAAGCAAGCGUUACCAGCCUAAGUCCUUUGCUGAACUCCUCAUUGAAAAUCUCUCCCUACAUCUUGAGAGUGUGUAUAAGUUGGGAGCCAGGAAGAUAAUAAUGUUUGAAAUUGGACCUGUGGGGUGCAUCCCAUCAGUCUCAAGGGCACGGGUGCACAAAGGUAAUUGCAUGGAGGAAGUAAACCAAAUGGUGACAUUCUUCAAUGAGAGGCUUCCUCCAUUGCUGAAGAAUUUGACAUCAAGACUUCCAGGCUCUAACUUUGUUCUUGGUCGGGACAAUUCCCUAGGCUAUGAUGUAAUCAACAAUCCAUCCAAAUAUGGUCUAAAGGAGGCAAGACAUCCAUGUUGUUCCACUUGGGCAAAUGAGACUUCAGGAUGUAUUCCAUUGUCAAAACCAUGUCCAGACCCAACCAAGUAUGUCUUUUGGGAUGCUUUUCAUAUUACAGAAGCUGUAAAUUCAAUCAUGGCAUCUGGGUGUCUCAAAAAUAGUUCUAUAUGCACACCUACUAGCAUUCAAGAGCUUGUCAAAAUGUAAUCUUGUGUUCAGAAAUUUUAACAGAAUAUGUUUGUUAUGAAUUUAAUAUAUUUUUUAAAAUAUUUUGUUUAGCAUAGCAUCUGGGUGUCUCAAAAAUAGAUAUGUAUGCACACCCGGCCCUUUAGCAUUCAAGAGCUUGUCAAUAUGUAAUAUUUGUGUUCAGAAAUUUUAAGUGAAUAAUAUGUUUGAUAUGAAUUUAAUAUAUA